GGGGAGGGGUGUCCCGUUAGAAGGCGCAGAGACAGCGAGCAGCAGCUGCAGCACUUCCCUGUUCCUCCACUCUUCAUUUAACCGCCCGCUUUGCACACUCAUCCCCGGUUAUCGUCGAAGAACCGACACCCGCUCGACAGCUAACAUGGUCGACCGCGAAGUACUGGUGCAGAGAGCCCGGCUGGCCGAGCAGGCGGAGAGAUACGACGAUAUGGCCGCUGCCAUGAAGUCGGUGACGGAGUUAAAUCACACUCUAGCUAGCGAGGAAAGGAACCUGCUCUCUGUGGCCUAUAAGAAUGUCGUCGGGGCCAGGCGUUCCUCUUGGCGAGUCAUCUCGAGCAUCGAGCAGAAGACUUCAGCCGAGGGCAACGAGAAGAAUAUCAAGAUGGUGAGCGAUUACCGGGAAAAGAUUGAGAAGGAGCUGGAGGAAGUAUGCAAGGACGUGCUCACGCUACUCGAUAAGUUCCUGAUCCCGAAGGGCGGCGAGUGCGGGGAAAAGGAGAGCCAGGUGUUCUACCUGAAGAUGAAAGGCGACUACUAUCGCUACCUGGCUGAGGUGGCCACUGGAGAUAAGCGGGCGCAAGUGGUGAAGGAUUCUGAGGACUCCUACUGCGAGGCUCACAAGAUCAGCUGUGAAGCCAUGAAGCCCACCCACCCCAUCCGCCUGGGCUUGGCUCUCAACUUCUCGGUCUUCCACUAUGAGAUCCAGAAUGCUCCGGAUAAAGCGUGCUCGCUGGCCAAGACCGCCUUCGACGAUGCCAUCGCUGAGCUGGACACCCUCAACGAGGACUCCUACAAAGACUCCACUCUCAUCAUGCAGCUGCUACGAGACAACUUGACGCUGUGGACGAGCGACCAGCAGGACGACGAGGGCGGGGAGGGCAACAACUAAAGAGUCCGCCUCCUCAUUCUGCCAAAACACAACGUGCGCGCUCACAAAUGAUGACAAAAAUAAUAAUUAUAGAUGAAUAAAGUUCUUAGACAUUCAAGUAAAGUGUUUCAGGGGGAGGGUAAGGGGUGUGAUGGAACACCGGCGGCCAGUUUGGUCGAUGGUACUAACACAGCUGCUGUUCUUUUGUUUUGUUUUUGUUUUUCCACUAGUUAAAAAGUAGUAAGGGGGAAACGGGGUUUAGUUGGAGGUGAAGCACAAAACAAGAAGAAUGACAUGCAAUUCUUGUUUGCCUCUAUGUCAUUUGCCAAAAAUACCACUGACAACCAGGCGGUGUUUUGUUCCCACUGCUCAGACUGGGGACACGAAUGAAGCGGAGGUUUCGUCCGAAAUUGGAGUCAGGGCCUUGCUUGAUGCGAGAGUCGGGCCGAGGGCUCCGUAUUCUCACGGUUAAGGACUUGAGCUAAACCUUGUUCUGACUUGUUUCUUUCUUUGCUUUGUGUCUAGUGUUUGUCCAGUCACAUAACUUGUAACUAGAAAUACAAACUCAUUGAUUAGUGCAGCUUGUCCCUCUCACGUGCUCAUGUGCUUUAUUAAAUAAACGAACACACAAUUCAA